CAGGCACAUCAUUUCCACUGUGGACCCAACGGAUGGCAGGGCACUCAGUGCAGAUGGGAGACCAAGUGCCUUUGUCUUUUCAGGCCUGAUACCUCACACCCAUGAAGAGGGAAAACCAGACCCAGGUGACCGAAUUCGUGUUGGUCGGGUUUUCUGCUUUUCCAGACCUUCAGGGAGUGUUGUUUGUGGUGUUCCUCCUCAUGUACCUCAUGACCUUGGCUGGAAAUCUGGCCAUAAUGGCUGUGAUCCAGAUUGACAGACACCUGCACACCCCCAUGUACCUCUUCCUAGGGGUUUUGUCUUUCUCUGAGACCUGCUACACCUUUGUCAUCAUCCCUAAGACCCUGGUAGACCUGACAGCAGAGAGCACAACCAUCUCAUUCCCGGGAUGUGUCGCACAGAUGUUCUUUUUUCUUGGACUUGGCGGAACAAACUGCAUCAUUUUAACAGUGAUGGGCUAUGACCGAUAUCUAGCAAUAUGUCACCCCCUGCGCUAUGGGAGCCUCAUGAGCUCACACAUUUUUGUUAAGCUGAUGGCUGGGUCAUGGAUCAGCGGGUUCCUAUUGUCCCUGUUUGAAACCACGCUGAUAUUUUGGUCUCCCUUCUGCGGCUCUAACAUCAUUAACCAUUUCUUCUGCCACAUGAGGCCUGUGCUCAGGUUGGCCUGCACAGACAGCAACACAACUGAGGUUGCAAUAUCCAUGAUGUCCAUGCUCGGCUUGUCAGGCAGCUUCCUGUUCAUAGUACUGACAUACUUGCUCAUCCUGGGCACCAUCCUGCGGCUGCCAUCAGCCAGUGGAGAAAGAGAAAAAGCCUUCUCCACCUGCGCUGCCCACCUCACCGUGGUGGUCAUGCACUUUGGCUUUGCCUCUAUUAUAUACCUCAAGCCCAGCCCACGUGGCACACUGGAAGAGGAUAUUCUGAUGUCUGUGCCCUACACCAUUCUUACACCAUUUCUGAGUCCCAUGAUCUUUACCCUGAGGAACAAAGAAAUUAAAAGUGCCCUGAGGAAAGCAUUUGGCAAAAGAAUAUUCUCUCAGAAGAUGUGAAUGUCCUGGCAGAGUCUCUGGAAGCUGUUUUCCAGAGAGAAGGGCCCUGGCAUAUGGCCCAAUCCUAAAACUGUAUGGGCCUGGGUUUUCAGCUUGCCACCACCACAGCCUCCCUUGGUGACCUAAGGCAGCUCCUGGGGCUGUUGGCUAAGAGAAAGAGCCGCAGGGUGAAUCUUGCAUCCUGACCAGGCUACUUUGACGCUGAUGACAGCCCUAGGAUUGGCAGAUAUAGAAUUGUUUGA